CUACGGUCCCACCACGCGGUCCCGGUGUCCCAGGCCAGCCUGAAGCUUGAUGACUUUCAUCAUCGCGGGAAUCCAACUGUAAACCAAUCAGACCAUCGCUGAGCCGUGUGCGCUGCUGCUAUAUGGCGCCGGUUUCAGUUGCGAUGUGAACGUCCAACGCCACGGUUGGUACCGGAGUUUGUCUAACCGAACCGGAGUAACGGAGCAGCGUAGCGUGUUGUAUAACGGUAUAACGUGCCAUCGUGAUACUCCCAGCAGCAGCAACAGCAGUGACCUCAAUUCAAACCCGUGCCACCCAAAAAUCGAAUAAGCUGGACCAGCGCGAAGCAACGGCACCUCUUAGCGGCUGACACCGUUUCCCGCAUGUUUGUUCCGUUUCUGGUGUGAGAAAAUCCCGCUCGGUGACGCCAUCAUCAUGUCAGCGACUCAACGAACAGCAGCAGCAGCCACAGCAACGCGUUCACCGCUUGGAAAUAUUGCAGAAGAGGAGGUCAAACCUGACCGGGACCGGGACCGGGACCGGGUCGAAGACGCACGGAUCGAUGGUGCAAGACCACGCCAUGAACCUGAUCAACUCCGUCACUGCUUUGUACCGGCGGAUAGGAGCGGUUGCCUUGGGUUACACUUGAGUCGCACUCCCUGGGACCCUUAUCCGUGGGUCAGUGGAGUGGUCGAAGGUUCGUGUGCGGCACUGGCCGGUGUGCGCGUUGGCGACUGUGUCCUCGAAGCAAACGGUGAGGAUCUGCUCGGUCUGAAGGUGAUGGACAUUGCGCGGCGUGUCCGGGACCAACGGACGAGUCGCCUAGCAACGGCCGGCGUUGGACUCCUACUGUGGAACUCUGGCUUCGAGAAGAAUAAUCUCAAUCCACAGUCCCUGUCGCGGUUCGCCAACUGUCUGCAAGGUAUCGCCGGGCUGCUCGAGUGUCCGGUGUGUCUGGAGAUCGUACGGCCACCGGCCUGGCAGUGUAACCAUGGUCAUCUGCUCUGUUCGACGUGCCGUGCCAAGACGCACAAGUGUCCGAUCUGCCGGGAGGUGCUGUGCCGCGUACGGUGCAUCGUGGCCGACAAACUGUUCCACUAUCUGGUGCAAACACUCGGCUACACAGCCGAACAACGGGAGCAGCCACAGCAAUCACGGGAUGUUCAGCCAGCUGCUGGCCGCCGAUUGCCACUCAGCCAGCGUGAGCAUCAGCGAAGUCACCGGCACCAGCAGCAGCCGGAAUCCCGUCAAACGCAUAAACAUGGCAUCAAAUUGAAAGCAAACAAUGGCCCUAAUGGAGCGUCACCGGCAAUCGAGCAGCGAACCUCAUUAUCCCCUUCCCAGGAGCCGGCACCAUGCCGGGGACACCACUGUCCAUCCGGUCAUCAUCAGUGCGAGCGCUUCAAGACCCAACAGGAGCUGCUGCUUCACUUGCAAAAGGUGCACCAGCUGAGCGUGAUCCAGUACUACGUGACCGUCGGCGACACGGUGGACGUUAGUCUGCCGGCAAUCGGUAACAACUCGCUGGUCUGUGUCACGCUGGUUAUCCCGCUAAAGUCAACCAUCGACCGUCCGAACACCACCGCCACCACCUCCCCAACCACCAGUCAGAUGUUCUUCGUUUCGAGACAUCGGUGCCGGGAGGAACCGACGGAAUCACUGUACUGGUUGUGGCACCUCGAGAACGAUGAUGAACCAACGACAGGCAGUAGUAACCACUGGGCGGUUCAGUUGACCAGCAUUGGAAGCGACGAUGCUAGUGAGGUUUGGCAUGGCCAGCCCGUGUCGCUCGGACACAGCUAUCAGGAGGUGUUGCGGAGCAAACAGUACACUCGCUUCAAGAGCGAUGAUGUGCGGGCACGCCUGCGGGUACGCCUGCUGGAAGCGUAGGGCAUCGGACAUCGAGUGAUGAAAGACUGAUCAACCUUUACCAAAAAUUGAUUUGCAGCGGAUGACAUGGGCAGGAAAGCAUAAAUUAAGCUGUGCAGUGUAGGGCACGUGUUGUGCAUGCUGUGCAGUUAAUCCGGUACAACAAAUUAUCGAGGGCGAAGCUCAAUAUGAACAAGAUAAAUAAAUUUCCAUAAUCCGUAUUAUUAUGAUAAAAUGUGUUUUUAAUAUGUUAAACGUAAUGAUGCUGUGGUUAAAUUUCAU